AUGGAGGAGGUGAUGCAGAAGGCUGUGAAGAAUUUCGCUUCGGUGAUUUGGCUGAUCGUGCACCGGAAGUGGGCCACGCGUGCCUCAGGAAACAGAUGAGCUGUCGACGUAAUCUUUUUUUUUUUUUUUUUCCUUUUACGCGACGGAGGAAGUCAAAGUGACAAAUUUGUCUUUCACUUUAACUAUCAGAAAUAAACGUUUUUUUUUUAUCAUUUUGUGUCACUCCGUUUCGUUGCGCCUAGAUUUGCAUUUUUUCCAUUUUCAGGGAAAGAAAAAAAUUGAAAAACGAAAACGUUUCUUCAUUCUUUUUCCAGGUACCGUUUCUUUUGUUGCUUUUGGAUAUCACUCUAAAAAAAAAAUAUUUAUUGAGAGAAUCUCGAUAAAAAAUUGAUUUCACUGUAUAGAUGAGAAUACAGGAUUCAGUUCCGAUUUCUAAUAAUUUUAUUUCGAACGAGUAAUAAUGUUUCACUCUCUUUUGAACUGAGAGAAGAAUGUUCGUUCUUCUAGUUGGAACUAGAAAUUUUAUUUCAUGGUUGAGAGAAGCGGAAAAUUUAUAUCCAUGUCACAUGUUCUUAUUUUAUAUUUGUAUGUUCUUAUUUAUAGUUGUAGUACAUAAAUAUACUAGGCAAACGUAUAUCAGAAAAGAUUUUUAUGAAAAAAUUGUUGUUUCGAUCCCGACAAUGCUCGUUUCGAACGGAUGGUAUUUUAUUUUGUUUUAUGAGGGAACAAACUGAAAAAUUAAAAAAUUAUCAAUUGUAUUGUAAUUAUAAUAAUGUUAAAUUAUUAAAUCAUAUUAUAAUAUUAAAUCAUAUAAAUUAUUAAAUCAUAUUAUAAUAUUAAUAUUAAAUUAUUAGAUAAUUAAUUAAUUACAUUUUCGAAAAAGAAAAUCAGAAAAUCAUAAUUAUUAAUUUAAUUUCCAAUAAUUGUAUUAUUUUGUUACGCGUUUCAAUAGAGAAAUAAGUUCGAAAGUAUUAACAGAAAUUCUGAUAGUAGACAAUUCUAAUUGUAAUCUAUCAUAUUAGAUUGCGUUAUAAAUUUCAUGACAAAUAAAAUGAAAAAUACGAAGCAGUUUGAUACCAUUUACAUGUAGAUUAUAAGUUUUAUUAUUAAGUUUCAUAUUUGUCAAAAAUGAGAAAUUGACAAACUUUUGAAAAGGCUGAUAAAAAAAUUCCUGAAUCAAACUCAUUUUUAUGGAUAUUAUUAAAUGGAACAAUCCAAUUUGUUGUACGAAUAUUUUUAUAACAUAUAUUUGUGACAUUGUUUGUCUGACACACAGAGAAAUAAUAAAAAUGACUUUUAUUAAUCGCAGGGUGGUGCCCGGAAGUUUGGGAUGAGAUAUUAUGCUGGCCAUCAACGGCACCUGGGGAGCUGGCUAUUUUACCUUGUCCAUCUUACGUAAUUGGGUUUGAUGUCGAGGGGAACGCGUCGAAACAAUGUAUGUCAGGGGGCCAGUGGUUUUGGAAUAACACCACCACUAGUACCUGGAGCAACUACACUCAGUGUUAUAGGAAUCCAUUGGUGACACUUUUAAUGGAACUGCCUAGUGGAGAAAAGAACAAUGACACUCUCAUUAAAUUUAUCCCGAAUUGGACGUAGGAAAUUGAGGUGUCCCAGAAAUAUGCUGCACAUGCACUUGUUCGCCUCUUUCAUGCUCCGUGCGUUUAUGGCAUUGAUGAAGGAUAUCUUGUUUGUCUCUGGACUCGGCCUAGCUUCAGAGUUCAUAAUAAAAAAUGGGCACACGUAUUAUUCGCUAGAUGCGAGCCGCUGGCUUUGCAAAAUGUUCACCAGCUUCUGGCAGUACUUCAUCCUCGCAAAUUACUUCUGGAUACUGAUGGAGGGCCUUUACUUGCACAACCUAGUCUUUCUGGCGCUCUUCACCGAUCCCAACUCGAGCAUCACUGUCUACGUUUGCCUUGGGUGGGGUCUGCCAGCUAUAUUUGUAUUGUGUUGGAUAGUGGUGAGAGUAACCCUAGAAAAUAGUUUCUGCUGGACCACUCAUGAAAAUUCCAAACUCUUCCUUUUCAUUGAAAUUCCGACCAUAGUGUCCAUUUUGGAGAUGGGCGAAAAGUACUUUGGUUCUGGUACCACUUUUUGGAGUUCACUAUACUGUUUUCUUGGGCAUGUCUUACUGCAUCAGUGUAAACGAGACAGUUGAAGUUGUAUGGCUCUUCUGCGAUCAACUAUUCGCUUCUUUCCAGGGUUUCUUUGUGGCGGUUUUGUAUUGUUUCCUGAACGGUGAGGUGCAAACAGAGGUGUGCAGGGUGAUCAGAAGCCAGAGGUUACCCCGUUUCCGCGCCAGAUGGAUUUCAAGACCAUCCACUCACUCUGGCAGCACGUGUAGCUGCAAUACGUCGAAACUUGGCAGACGAUCAAAGCGGCCACGUUGGUGGAAAGACCCUUGGCUCUGUUUUCUUCACGACAGGACAGCUCGACGAUCUACCCACUCGCUGGCGAGUACACAAGACAUUGAAACCCGAAGAGGCAGUUUAGCGAGCAGCAGGGGUUACCUGGAAAUCGCAGGAAACGGACAAAAUGCACAUCCAGGAAGUCAGAAUCCACAGGCAAAUCAUACGUCACCUCUUCACAGCAAAUACACGGAUCAAUCGUUACUUUCGUUCUGCUCGAACGUUUCAGAAGCAACACCCUGCACAGGAACUAAUGCGGAUAAAAUUCGCGAGCAGCAUCGUUGGAGUGAUUCAGAAUGUUGUCAUCUUACGUAUGAACUGCACACCUUACAUCAUGGGCCUCCGUGA